AUGAGCAUAGACGACGUAGUACUUGUAAAGCAGAACCUGACGUUGCUGGACAACGCGACAGACCUGGACAGGCCGGCCGUGGACUACUUCCGGUGCUCGCUGGCGGAAGAGCCCCGGAAGGUGUUUGAAAUCUGGCAGUCGCUGGUGAAGAUGGGCAAGCGGCGGCUGCUGAGGCUCCCGAGCUGCGCGAUGGAGGACCAGUAUGGCUACGAGCUGUACGUGCAGCGCCUGCAGCACUGUCUGUGGAGACGCUGGUCAAUGAGGCAGUUUGGGCUCGAACACAACAAAAUAGACCCGCUGCAGAUCAACUGGAAUAAGGAGAACGACGUGACGCUGCUAUACGGGCCCACGAUGAGCGCGGACGCGUGCCGCAUGCGGCCGUGGUGCAGGUGCGGCGCGAAGAUGUGGGCCGGCGACUGCGACGCGCAGGUGUCGGACAGCGACAGCGAUGCGUGGAGCGGCAUGACGUCCGCGGGCUCCAGCGCGUCCUCGAUCCUGGAGUGCAGGCACCGCAGACAGUCGCGCGGGGGCCACAGGGGACUGCAUUUUAACGAGCAUGUACAACAACGUAAUAUCGACUGGUUUGGCGGGUGCCACGAUCGGUUCACGGUACUCAACGACCGCUGGAAUGAGGAACGGCGCGCAUCUGCCCCAGAAUGCAUAAUCGUGGACUCGGUAGACGAUACGGAAUACGCCGCGGGGUGCCUCGUGCAUCGGGCAUACGACGACUACUUGAUGUAA